AUGGCGAUUGCUCGACACGUAUACUACAGAAUCCACAAGAGAUUCUUAUGCUACAUUUUUCGUGUCUUAGCAUUGUCGCGCAACAUAAAGGAACCUACAAACGACAUCUCUGGGCUGCAGCUAACUACGGCUCAGCUGGCCAUGAUGAACCAUAUCUGGGACCACGUCACUGCUGUCAGCCAGCAGGCAGACCUUGGGAUUCUGCUCCCGUCAUCACUGGCUGCUCUGAACGAAAAUCUCUUUCAACUUCUUGUCAUGUUCUGGACAGACUUGUCGCACGACGGAAACAUGAGCCGUAGCGCUAUUAUGAACUUCUCUGGUGUCUUGGGGAUACAUCCCACAGAGCUAUGUUUCCGCAAGCCCUACGACUAUACUCCGUUUAUAUCAGCACUGCUGUGGGUAGGUCGCCUGAUUAUACUUGAACAAACUGCAACUAGCAUUGCAAAGAAGCAUCUCCCUGCACUUGUUACUCUAUUCGACCCUAACACGCCUAAGGAUUACAACGGACCAGUCACACAUGCUAGUGCAUACGCGCUAGAGCAUGGAUUUCCUACUAAAUUGCAGCCUGAUCUGAUUGACCACUACCUGGUAAACAGCCAUAUGUGGCAUGAAUUCACGUUGACCCGAGAGGAAGACGCUCUAGACUAUAGCUUAGCAACCGUGCACAAAACCUCAAGCAGUACAACACAAGUUGGUUACUACCCGGACGCUAUUUCUGAGGGAACACCAGAGUGUGCUACACCCGGAAUAAGCGAUGCAGAGCCCCCAGACGAGGCUCUGCAUGCACAGACACCUGAGCAGAUGCAACAAAGAGGGAAAAAGCGACGCAGAGAGACUGAGAGUUGCAGCCCUCUUACGAGAAAAAUUCUCGCUAUGCAAAAGCAACUGAAUGAUCUUGUUCAAGAGCGCGCAGUGUCAAAAAAGAGGCGAGCAACAGGUCGAAAUCCUGUUCAGAGUAAUGUAGAAUCAGAUCCUGCGACGCUUAGGGCAAGGACUAGGAUUCCGAAGGAUGGAAGCCAGAAAGACUCUGGUUCCAAAGUACAAAGUAGUCGAACCUCAAGUACUAUAAAGCGGAGGAGGGGACGGGUAUCUGGCUAG